CUCAUACUCAGAUUGAUUUAUACCUCGCCUUUAUUUGGUCUGACAACAUCAGUGCGAACACAACGGUUGAGAUAAUUAUGGAAACAAUACUGUUGAUCACUUUGCUUUUCUUUCUUCAAGAAAGUCAUUGUGAGGUUAGAACAUACAACAUUGCUGCAGUUGAAAUAAAAUGGGACUAUGCUCCUUCAGGAAUAAACAAGUUGAAUGGUAAACAACUGGAUGAUGACGAAUCAGCGUCAGUGUUCACUAAAAAUGACCCAAAGAACAGAAUUGGAAGAACUUAUCGUAAAGUUGUUUAUCGUGAAUGUGAAGACAACUUAUGUUCAUCAUUAAAGCCACAUCCAAAAUAUCUUGGUGUUUUGGGUCCGAUAAUUCGAGCCGAAGUUGGCGAUAAAAUUGUUGUAAACUUUGUGAAUAAAGCUACAAGAAAUUAUACAGUUCAUCCACAUGGUGUGUUUUACACCAAGAGCUCGGAAGGAGCGUUAUACGAGGAUGAAACAUCAGGAGUUGAUAAAAGUGAUGAUGGUGUUCCCCCUAAUGCAACACAUGUCUAUCACUGGGAUGUAAAACGUGAACACGGACCAACAAACGCUGACUCAGAUUGUUUAACGUGGGCUUAUCAUUCGCAUGUACAUGCGCAGAAUGAUGUAAACACUGGACUUGUAGGUGCAAUGUUGAUUUGUAAAAAUGGAACAUUUAUAAACAAGAAACAUAAAGAUAUCGAUCGCGAAUUCGUCAUUAUGUUCACAGUCAUGGAUGAAAAUCAUAGUUGGUUGUUAGAUGAGAAUAUCAAGGAAUAUUGUCCUCAAUUCAAUACAAACAAAGAAGAUGCAGAUUUUCAGGAAAGUAAUAAAAUGCACGCUAUAAACGGUUAUUUUUACGGCAAUACACCAAAUCUUGAUAUGUGCAAUGGCGAUAAAGUCAAUUGGCAUAUGUUUGGUAUGGGUACUGAGGUUGAUAUACACACCGCAUUUUUCCAUGGUCAGACUAUGCAGAUAGAUGGACACCGUAAAGACGUUAGUUCCAUGUUUCCUGCAAAGUCAAGUACUGCUCAUAUGACUGCUUCAAAUCCUGGGAUAUGGCUAUUAAACUGUUUAGUGAAUGAUCAUUAUUCGGCGGGCAUGUCUGCUCUGUUUAAUGUCUCUAACUGUCCUCAAAAGUCUUUUACUGAAAAUAAAAAUCUUGAUGGUGUUACACGAAAAUAUUUCAUUACAGCUGAAGAGGUUAUCUGGGAUUAUGCACCGUCUGGGUUAGACAAAUUUAAUGGAGGGAAUUUAACAGAUCAAAACAGUAAAGGUCGUGAGUUUUUUCACAAAUCUAACGAUGCCAUCGGUGGAAAAUACUGGAAAUCUUUAUUCUUUGAGUACACAAACAGCAGUUAUCGAAAGAAAAUGAAAGACAAACAUUUAGGGUUCUUGGGUCCGAUAAUUCGGGCGGAAGUCGGUGAUACAAUAUCUGUUACAUUUCGAAAUAAGGCAUCAUACAACUUCAGCAUACAACCUCAUGGUGUGUUUUACAAUAAAUCAAACGAAGGAUCCCUCUAUAAUGAUGGAACAUCCGGGAUUCAUAAGCAAGAUGACGUAGUAAGACCCAAUCAAACUCACGUGUACACAUGGACAAUUCCUGAACAUGUUGGACCAACGAAGAACGAUCCCACUUGUAUAACUUGGGUUUAUCACUCAGCUGUAGAUCCUAUCAAGGACGUUUAUUCUGGCUUGAUUGGGCCGCUUCUUGUAUGCAAAAAAGGCUCUUUGGAUGCCCGCGGUGAACAAAAAGAUAUGGAUAAAGAAUUUGUGGUGUUUUUUAUGGUUUCAAAUGAAAACGAGGCGCAUUACAUCAGGAAGAAUGUAAAAGAAUUUAUAAGCCCAAGCGUUGUUGACACUUUCAGCUAUGACGCAGAGAAGGAAAAUAAUUUAAUGCAUGGUGUGAAUGGAUAUUUGUACGCCAAUCUACCUGGUCUUGACACGUGUUUUAAUGAUAGUGUAUCUUGGCAUCUUAUUGGCUGGGGAAAUGAAGUCGAUAUACACGGAGCGUAUUUUCAUGGUCAUACGUUCUUGUCGAACAAAAAUAGAAAAGACAGCCUUAAUUUAGUGCCUGGAACAUUUGAAACAUUGUUUAUGAAACCUGACAAUGUUGGUGAAUGGGCUUUAGUCUGUCGUACAAAUGAUCAUCAUGAUGCUGGAAUGGUUGCCAAAUAUCGUGUCAAAUAUUGUAACAAUGAGAAUCACGUUCGCUCGAACUCCAGGAAAACCAGAACAUAUUACAUAGCUGCCAUUGAAGAAAACUGGGAUUAUGCACAAGACGGAAAAAAUAAUAUUAAAGGGAGAGAUAUUAAUACUGACAAGGAAGCAAUGGUUUAUGCAAAACGAGGACCAAACAGGAUUGGUCAUGUGUACAAGAAAGCACUUUAUCGACAGUAUACCGACAUAUCGUUCACGAUAAAAGCAAAUCAUUUCGAGUACCUUGGCUUUCUUGGUCCUGUGAUUCGUGCUGAAGUAGGCGAAACUAUUAAAGUUGUUUUCAAAAACAUGGCUAGCAGAAAUUAUUCUGUUCAUCCUCAUGGAGUUUUUUACGACAAGAUGAACGAAGGAGCCUUGUACGAGGAUAAUACUACGUUAAAGGAUGACGACAUCGUAAAACCAGGACAGAUCUAUAAUUAUACCUGGAGUGUUCCUGACACAGCUGGUCCUUCUUCAAAUGAUAAUGAUUGUCUUACAUGGAUAUAUUACAGCAACGUUGAUCCAUCAAAAGACACAAAUUCUGGACUAGUUGGUCCGUUGAUUAUUUGUAAACAGGGUUCGCUAACUAAUGAUGGUUCUCGUGUAAAAAAUGUUGACCGCGAGUAUCCUAUUUACUUCAGUGUGAUCGAUGAAAACUUGAGUUGGUAUUUACGUGAAAAUAUUAAAAAUUUUGCAAAUUCUUCGUUGGUUAAUGUGGAAGAUGAAGAUUUUAUGGAAAGUAAUAAAAUGAACGCAAUAAAUGGUCGAAUUUUUGGGAAUUUGAAAGGUUUGAGAAUGUUUAAAAAUGAGAAAGUUAACUGGUACUUGUUGAGUCUUGGUACAGAAGUUGAUAUGCAUAAUGUUCAUUUUCAUGGUCAGACAGUCCUUGCAAGAACGACCGCUGACCACAGAGAAGAUGUUAUUGAUCUCUUUCCAGGAGUUUUUAUGACGGUAAAAAUGAUUCCUGAUAGUAUUGGAAAAUGGUUUUUACAUUGUCACGUGAAUAGUCACAUGGUCCAUGGAAUGAUGGCACUUUAUGAUGUGGAAGAAAAGGAUACGACACCAAUAUCCGCAAUACCCACAACAUCAACACGAGGAUCGUCAUUUUCACUUUGUAUGGACGUUAUCAUCACAAUUAUUGGUCUUUUCUUUGCAUUUUUACGUUUAAAUGAAUAGUGCAACUUUUUGUCCCCACGUAAAAGUAUCAACAGUCUUAGUUUAAUUUUUAGAUAUAUCACUUAAUUACUCUAUAAUGACUCUGAAUUCUGUAAACUUGAAAUAUUGCUUUAUAAAAGCAACGAUUUGUAAUAAUGUCAUUUUCUACGUGCUCCAAGAUAUAGAAUAUGUUUAUGAAACGUAAAAAUCGUCAUACUACGUCA